AUGAUGGCUAUGAUGUUGUCGAAGACGUUGACGACGACGGUGACGAUGACGAUGACGGUGACGUAUGACGUUGAUGAUGAAUAUGACGAUAAUGAUGGUGGUGACGAUGAUGUGAUGACAUUAAUGAUGACGAUGAUUAAGAUGACGAUGAUGACGAUGAUGCUGUCGAAGACGUUGACGACGACGGUGACGAUGACGAUGACGGUGACGGAUGACGAUGAUGAUGAAUAUUACGAUGACGAUGGUGGUGACGAUGAUGAUGACGAAUGUGAUGACGUUAAUGAUGACGAUGAUGAAGAUGACGAUGAUGACGAUGAUGCUGUCGAAGACGUUGACGACGACGGUGACGAUGACGAUGACGGUGACGGAUGA